AUGUCGUUCUUCAUUGAAAAUCCCAAUGUGGGAAAUACCAGCCAUCUCGAAGAUUCAAGGAUUCGCGGCUACAACCCCCCCACCCCGCCCAACCUCCUCCAGCAUGAGUUCGCAUUGACCGCGAAGUCCCGGGAAACCGUCCUGAAGGGCCGCCAGGAGGCCGUGGCAAUUGUGCAUGGCACUGAUGCGGAGAGGCAGCGUCUCAUGGUGGUCAUUGGCCCCUGCUCAAUUCACGAUCCCGAUAUGGCCCUCGAAUACUGUGACCGGUUGAUGAAGAUGAAGGAAAAAUACGCCGAUGACCUGCUCAUUGUCAUGCGCUCGUACCUCGAGAAACCUCGCACCACGGUCGGCUGGAAGGGCUUGAUCAACGACCCCGAUAUCGACAACAGCUUCCAGAUCAACAAGGGUCUGCGUGUUUCCCGCCAGCUCUUCGUCGACCUGACCAACAAGGGCAUGCCUAUUGCUAGCGAGAUGCUCGACACUAUCUCCCCUCAGUUCUUCUCUGAUUGUCUCUCCGUCGGUGCAGUCGGUGCCCGCACCACCGAGUCCCAGGUUCACCGUGAGCUGGCCUCCGGUCUGUCCUUCCCCGUCGGUUUCAAGAACGGCACUGACGGCUCCCUUGACGUUGCCGUCGAUGCCAUUGGCGCCGUUAGACACCCCCACCACUUCCUCUCUGUCACCAAGCCCGGUGUUGCCUCUAUUGUAGGCACUGUCGGCAACCCUGACUGCUUCGUUAUCCUGCGUGGCGGCAAGAAGGGCCCCAACUACGACGCUGCCAGCAUCAAGGAUGCCAAGUCCAAGCUUGAGGCCAAGGGCAUGACUCCCCGCUUGAUGGUGGACUGCAGCCACGGUAACUCUGAGAAGAACCACAAGAACCAGCCCAAGGUUGCCGCUGUUCUCAGCGAGCAGAUUGCCGCUGGAGAGACCGCUAUUAUGGGUGUUAUGAUCGAGAGCAACAUUAACGAGGGCAACCAGAAGGUUCCCCCCGAGGGCAAGGCCGGUCUCAAGUACGGUGUCAGCAUCACAGAUGCCUGCAUCAACUGGGAGGACACUGAGACUACAUUGGAGACAUUGGCUCAAGCCGUUCGUGCCCGGAGACAGAAACUGAGCGGGGCUAACUAA